AGCCCAUUAUGGACCUUCACAAGAUAAUCCACGAUACCCUGCAGGAGUUCAUUCAGACAUGCAUUCCCGAAGCAGACCUGAGUUCCCUGGAUGAUGUGUUGCUUCCCUACAUCACUGGAGUCCUGGAGGAUCUGGGAUCUCAGGAGAGCGUGGAGGAGAACUUUGACGUGGAGGUCUUUGUAGAAAUGCUGGAGGCCUACAUUCCUGGCUUUGCUGAAAUUGACAGUGUUAACGUUUGUGAUAUGAUGUUCAGCCUGGCUUCAAAACUAGCCACAGCCCGGAGUUCAGAAAAUAGUGUGCCAAAGGCUAGAAUGGAGGUCCCACUGACAGUCAGCGCUACCUCCACUGGGCCUCCUGUGAGGGAGAUGCACUGCCUUACUACACAGACUGAGGGGGCCACCGCCAAGGUGCCAUUCCCUGAGUGGGAGGCCCAGGAGCCGCUCCUUCUGGAGAUGUUCCCCAAGUGCAGACUAUCAGAGGCCAGGAGUGCGUUGUCCAUUGCUAAAGGUGACAUGGAGGAGGCUGUCCGCCUCAUCAUCGAAGGAGACAUCCAGCUCAGCCACACACCUCUAAACGUAAACCAUGGGAAGAUGGGUUCCCCUCAGGCAGAGCAGAAGAUGAAAGAGAGCAUCCUGGAGAAGUACAUGCUAGUGGACAGAGAGGAGGAUAAGAAAACACACAGGCCUGUUGCACCUAAAGAUGCCCCUAAGAAACUGGUGCGUUACCACAGCAACCAGGUGGUGACCACAAAAGGGGAGCGGUACCAACUGGUGAAGAAAGAGGAGACGGAGGAGGUGAAAACUUACGUCAGCAUCAAACCCGCACGCAAAUACAGAUUCCAUUGAUGACUGACUGGCACUCUUCUGGAACACCAGCCAUUGACUUUGUUGGUUACAUUCUUUCUGAAUGCCUUGUUUUUUUUGUUUGCCUGGUUAUGGAAAAUGUUUGUUUUUAGUAUGUGUAAGUGUCUGAUUUGAAAAGUGUGUGGCCAUCGUCUUGCUUCGAAUAUAAUUUCUCCUUUGCAGUGAU